AUGUGCCACGUGUGCGAGCGCCUGCGUGCCUUCGACGAGGCCGAGGCGAACCGCCGGACGACGCGCUUCGGCUCCCUGAAUCUGUGGAAUCUGUGGAAGCACCUCCUGCCCUCCCUGAAGCUCCUUCUCCCUGUGUUGGCGCUGGGGUGUGCUGCGGGCGGCCUUGUGGCGGCCCUGUUCAUCCCUGGCUCGACCCUCAUGCUUGUCGGCGUCUAUUUGGCGCUCGAUGUGCGGGCGUACCUGCGAUUCCGCCAGCGGCGGAGAGAUCUGCAGGAGAUGGAGCACUACCGCUCCCCCCACCUGGACGAACACUUCAGGCCGUACCUGGAGAAGCAACUGCUCGACCAGCCGCCUGAGGACCUCUACAGGUGCGCCGACUCGACUCACGGUGCCGUCUUGUGCUAGGUCUUCCUUCAUGCCUUCUCUCGCUCUGGGUGUGUGUGCA